UUCCGUUUUCGUUUUCGAUUUACAUGUACCAAGUAUGGAGAUACGGGUUUUUGUGUUUUUCCAGUCUCAAAAGAAUCGAAUGAUCUUAAGAAAUAUUUAAAUAAUGGGUGCGGAUCAGUCAAAGCCGAAAUCCUCAAGACAUCAGAAACCCGAAGCAGCGUCACAACCCACAUGUUCCCGGAGUUUCCAUGACGUCGUAGAAGAUGAGGGGACGCCCGUGGAUACUGACGUCAUCGGCGGGCAGGCGCUGGAGGGCGGAGAAGCUGCCGACGGACUGGUGCCAGAAGACCAACGUCUCCAGUUCUCCCUUUCGGGCUUGCCUGAAGAGACGUCUGAAUGUGCGGAAGCGGAAUUGAUUUGCAUUGGGAAAGUCGAAUCCCGUUAUAAACACCCAAAAUAUCCCGAAGAUCAACUAAAAGAAGACAACCUUAGUGAUGAUGAUCAGCGUUCCCGUCAAGCUGAUGAUAUUGACACUUGUGAUAUUAGUGAUGAUGAUAAACCUUCCCAUGAAGCUGAUGAUAUCGACACUAAUGACAUCGAGCAGGAGAAACUGAGGGAGGAAAACAAUUUUGCAGUUUGCACGAAAGCUCUUCCCGUUAUUCGCAACGAGCAAAAUCAACUGAAAAAGAAAGCGACCAAAGAUAUCGACGAUAAUAGACUUCAUUGUGCUGAUGCUGAAACAGACAACAGAGUGACAGAAAUAAUGUCAAAUAUAAUAUUUUUACCAGAUAAGACCAAGGGGGCAUCGCCAAAGAGAUAUGGACCAAAACGUCUUGGUUCACCCGGAAGGUUGGAAGAUUUUCCACAGGUAGAUGAUAGCAGUGAUGAAGAAAAUAAAUAUGUUGAACAAGAUAAAGACAAAAACACCAUUGGUGAAAUACAGAGGAUAACCUACGGAGAUGACAACACACGGGAAAAAAACGCGAAACCACCUGAUGUCGGAAUUCUUAACAAUAGUCCAGGUGAAGAAAGUCAGCGAGGAAUAGUAUUUGUAGAUGAUCACUUUGGGCUAGACACAGGAGCUACUGCUUCGGGUGUUUCUGAUUGCUUUCAGACUGGAAAUCAACAAACAGCUCCGACAGCUGACUUUAAUCAAAACCAACACUCUCAGGAAAAUUCACAUAACAAACUUAUUGGAGAACAAAAUACGGCAGAAGUUAUAACACAAACUUCAUCUUCAUUGCCAGACCGCCGUGGCAUGCAGAAAACGUUUACAGAAAACGGUAUUAAACAAACAACACAUUUAUAUAACAAAACAUGUGAAACGGCACAAUCACUUUUUGAAAAAAACGAAAGUAAAUGA